UUGUCAAGUGCUAGUUAGUCAGCUUAUAUCGUGAAAAUGAGUCGCUUUGGAAGCGAUUCUUUGUCUAAUAUUGAUCUGGCGAUUGAGAAAAGUAUACCGUAUAAUACCCUCAGGACUCAUACUUCAAUAUGGAAACAGUUCAUGACAUUCUGCAAAGCAAAGAACUAUGAGCUUAUGGAAAACACAACUUUAGAACAACUAAAUCUAAUUCUGAAAGAUUGGGCGUGGAAUAUGAAGAAGGAAAACGGUGAAAAUUACAAAGAACUAGUUGUGAAGACAAUGUGGAACACCGUUGCAAAAAAAAAUGCAAGAAAUGUAUUUUGUGAAGUGGAAAAUAAUUUUUGACCCAUUUAAAGACAUUAUCUUCAAGUCUAGUAGGGAAGCUCGUAAUGCGAAAAGAAGGAAUUUGCAGACGUGUGCAAAUAAAAGGAAGUGCAGCUCUGCUUCAUUGAUAUUGGAUGAGUAUUAUGCAAUGGUUUCAUUAUGGGAUGAAAACACUCCAGCAGGACUCCAACGGAAAUUUUACCAUAUCGCUUCAGUGGAACUUGCCUGGAGAGGUGGAGAAGCAGUAAACUGCAAAGUUCAUUAUUUUAAAGAGGAAGUGGAUAAUUCUGGGAUAAAAACAGGAAGAGUAGAAUAUAAUCCUCUCUUCAAUAAAACGGCACAGGGUGGAGAAAAAAAAAUGGCCGAAAGUAAAUGGCUGGUCCCUAACACGAAGAACCCAACCUUUUGUCCAGUCCGCCUAUUUAAAAUUCUGAUGGUUAAACGUUCAUCUAGAAUAACAACUGAUAGAUUAUUCUUAACGAUUAACCCAUCAUGGAACAAAGAACUUUCAAGUGGAUGGUACAAAAACACUCCAGUGGGAAAAAAUGAACUUUCGAAAUGGACUAAAGAAGCGGCAGAGAAGGCAGGAUUGAAUACAAAAGGAAUAAAAAUAACAAACCACUCUAUGCGGUCGACAGCAGUCAGUAACUUAGCUAAAGCAGGGGUAGGUGAACAACAAUUAAUUAAAAUUACUGGCCACAGUUCAGCCAACUCAAUUAAACCUUAUCUGCAAAUGGAUAAUGAGCACUACUCCAACAUCAUAAAUACCCUUAGAAGUGACGCCUCAGAACCUCCAGCUAAAAAGCAGAAAACAGAAGAUCCUGCAGUCACUCCUCCCGCUUCUCACUCAACAGAUUACAUUAAUGAUGAACCUACACCCCACAUCUUCAAUGAAUCAACAAAAGUUUCAAACAAUACCCCUACCGUGUACCAAAAUUGCAAUUUAUAUUUCAAUUGUACAAUAAAUAAUUAAGUUUGUAGUAUUUUGGAUGAAAUAAAAUUGA